AUGGCAUCUCUCCUCCUUCGCCCCCUCCUUAGACCCCAAGCUCUUGGUCUUGGCUUAGGACUUUCUUUGACAACAUAUCACGCGGUAUAUCGACAGCAAGCUAUUCGUCUUGAUUCAUCUCCAUCGUCGUCGGGGUCAAUUUUGUCCGGGGAUAGCUACAGGAAGAAUGCCCAGGUACCUGUGAUUCGAAAUGGAGGUUUGAAUGAGAGGGCUGUGAGGCAGAUUAGUAGCGGAAGUAUUGUUGGUCUUUGUGCCGGGCUGGUUGUCAGUACUUUCUCGAGACCAUUAGCAAUUGUGCUUGGACUCUUGAUUGUUGGUGUGCAGUAUGCUUCAUCUCAAUUAGGUAUUAAUAUAAUACCCUACAAUCGACUUCAACGAUACGUCACAAGCAUCGAUCUCCGCUCAGCUGUUCAAGACAAUGUUGCUUUCAAACUCUCCUUCGGCACCACGUUCGCCUUAGCAGCCUUCAUGAAGUUUUAG